GAAUUCCAAAUUAGGUGCAGAAUGCUGAAUCUUCUAAUCAGGACUGAUCAGACACGGCAGAAAAGCCGACUCCCGUAAUUUUGGGAUUGCAUUUUGCAACUUGUCUCCUCCAACUUGGCUCCAAGCCUCGGGGAGGCAGGCAGUUGGAGCCUGCGGCCAACGCAGCGGGUGGAGGGGGUCCGCAGGCAGCCCCGCGCACCCCUGGCCAUGUCGCCUUUAAUGCCCUGCCCCUUUGCAAGGCCUUCUGAGGGUUUCCAGGGCUGGCCGGGGCUCCUUCCCACCCUCGAGCUCUCUGUCACCCCCAGCCAACCCCAGCGGGCUAGGCUGUCCGGAGCCGAGACCUUUUGACUCUCUGCUUCCUCGCUCCCGCCUCCACCCCCGCCCGGGGGUGGCCCUCGAGAGCCGGGCCUUGCCCGGCCGGGCAGAGACCAUGGUGUUUUUCUCUGGAAAUGUCUCUGACAGCUCCAACUGCACCCACCCAACGGCACCGGUGAACAUUUCCAAGGCCAUUCUGCUGGGGGUGAUCUUAGGGGGCCUCAUCAUUUUCGGGGUACUAGGGAACAUCCUAGUCAUCCUCUCCGUGGCCUGCCACCGGCAUCUGCACUCGGUCACUCACUACUACAUUGUCAAUCUGGCGGUGGCCGACCUUCUGCUAACCUCCACCGUGCUGCCCUUCUCCGCUAUCUUCGAGAUCCUGGGCUACUGGGCCUUUGGCAGGGUUUUCUGCAAUAUCUGGGCGGCGGUGGACGUCUUGUGCUGCACUGCGUCCAUCAUGGGACUCUGCAUCAUCUCCAUCGACCGCUACAUCGGCGUGAGCUACCCCCUGCGCUACCCCACCAUCGUCACCCAGAAGAGGGGUCUCAUGGCUCUGCUUUGCGUCUGGGCGCUCUCCCUCGUCAUUUCCAUCGGACCUCUGUUCGGCUGGAGGCAGCCGGCCCCGGAGGACGAGACCAUCUGCCAGAUCACCGAGGAGCCGGGCUACGUGCUCUUCUCUGCUCUGGGCUCCUUCUACUUGCCGCUGGCCAUCAUCCUGGUCAUGUACUGCCGGGUCUACGUGGUGGCCAAGAGGGAGAGCCGGGGCCUCAAAUCCGGCCUCAAGACCGACAAGUCGGACUCGGAGCAAGUGACGCUUCGCAUCCAUCGGAAAAAUGCCCCAGUGGGAGGCAGCGGGGUGCCCAGCUCCAGGAACAAGACGCACUUCUCCGUGAGACUCCUCAAGUUUUCCCGGGAGAAGAAAGCGGCCAAAACACUGGGCAUCGUGGUCGGCUGCUUCGUCCUCUGCUGGCUGCCUUUUUUCUUAGUGAUGCCCAUCGGGUCUUUCUUCCCUGAUUUCAAGCCCUCAGAAACAGUUUUUAAAAUAGUUUUUUGGCUCGGAUACAUGAACAGCUGCAUCAAUCCCAUUAUAUACCCCUGCUCCAGUCAAGAGUUUAAAAAGGCUUUUCAGAAUGUCUUGAGAAUUCAGUGUCUCCGCAGAAAGCAGUCUUCCAAAGGUGCCCUGGGCUACACCCUGCACCCACCCAGCCACGCCCUGGAGGGGCAGCACAGGGACCUGGUGCGCAUCCCUGUGGGCUCAGGAGAGACCUUCUAUAAAAUCUCCAAGACGGAUGGGGUCUGUGAAUGGAAGUUUUUCUCUUCCCUGCCCCGUGGAUCGGCCAGGACUGCAGUGCCCAAAGACCGAUCAGCCUGCACCACGGCCCGGGUGAGGAGCAAAAGCUUUUUGCAGGUCUGCUGCUGCACGGGGCUCUCGACCCCCAGCCAUGGAGAGAACCAUCCAGCUCCAACCAUUAAGGUCCACACCAUCUCCCUCAGUGAAAACGGGGAGGAAGUCUAGAGGACAGGAAAGGUCAGAAGGAAGGGGAGAUAAUCUUAGGCACCCACUCUACUUCCUACUCGAAAGGCCAG